AUGGCCUUAUGCAUCCUAAAGUACCAAUUCAAUACCUUCCGUCGACCAGCUACUGGGCAACCUUUCAACCUCGAGGCAGACCCACUGUACUGGGAUUUAUCGCCUCUGGUUGAUGGCAGUUUCUCCAAUACAGUCGAGGAUGGUGUCUUGAAGCGACCCAAACCUGCUACCAGUCUCCUAGUUGCCAUCAUGUGGUCAGCGAUCAUAGGCAAGCGAAACCCCAACUUCUGGACUCAAGUUCGUGACCGGGCUUGCACCUUCUUGUUCAAUAUGGUCAACGCUCCAAGCAAGUACCUUGUUUGGAUUCAAGUUAUCCAUCGAGAGAAGACCUAUUUCGAGGACAUCGAACCUCACGACGGCGGUACUUUCUUCACUGUCGACAACAAGGAGAAUGUCGAAUGGAUCGAGUGCGCGGAGGGCUUGACUAUGAGUGGCCAAGUCAUUGGCGAGCUCCCUCCAUUCUACUUAACAUUUAUCCGGAUUUUGUUCAUAAUGUGA